GUAAGAGGGAGAAAAGAGGGAGGAUCAACUAAAGUGUAUAUCGAAGCUUUAAAGCUCCGCGAACAUAGUAUACUUGCGGAAGAAGUCGAUGUGUGUAGAAUAAAAUUUUUGAAAAAAAUAAUAAUAGACGCGCAUUGGUUCUGACAGUGUUCCAAAAAAAAAUAAUCAAAUUUUUCAAACAUCACAACCGCAUCGACAAUCAAAGAGGCAACAUCAAUAAUCAAGUGUAUCUCUUCAUUAAAUAUCUAAUAUUUAUAUUAUUUAAAUUCUUGAUUUUUUUUUUGUUAAAUACAAACGAACGAAAAUGGUUUACGAAAGCGAUUUCUAUACGACUCGACGACCCUACACACGGCCAAUUUCAUCUCACUACUCAGUGACGAAUCCUGGAGCCAUCAUACGCCCAAUAUCUCCGUUGCCACAACAACAGGCUCUGAACAAAUUACCACAUAUAAUACCAUACGUGGCACACAAGAGAUUGGUGAAUGUGAUUCAUACACCAUAUCCUUUGGUUUACUACACUCAUGAAGUACCAUUGCCGAUAAGAAUAUAUUCACGUGUGAGGCCAAGUGUUAUCGCUGCUGAACUAUGUAGAAUACGCAAUUUGCCACGAUCAUCAAAUGUCUCAUAUGUAUCGAGGUAUCUCAACUCUAAAGACAAUACUUUGUUUGACGAUGAAACAAGAGAAAUACGAGCAAGAGCUGAUUCUCUUUUACGUAAAAUUCAUGUCUAUGUACCACGUCCAACAUCAAGUGAUUAUGCUGAGGUUAUUGUACCAGAACGUAUGCGAAGUGAUGAUUAUAUAAGACGUGUAUUAACAGCACGUAAAAAUGCUAAAAAAGAUGAUGAAGAAGAACAACGACAUUUUGGUAGUGGUAAUCUUGCGUGUGUUGCUUACACAGGUGGUAAACCACAUUCACGAAGAAGACCAUAUUAUAAAGUUGCUGAUUUACGUGCAGCUGAUGUACAAAGUGACGUUAAUUUAUUAAGUUACUAUGCUAAAAAUCGUCAAGCUGCUGCAAGUGCAUGCCCUGGUUGGAGAGAUCGCGUACCAGAGCUUAAUGAGGACCCAACUAAAAAGAAAAAACAACCAUCCAAGGAUGAAGAUGAUGAUGCUUUACCUGAACUUGAAGAAGAAAUAAUACCUGAUGAUUAUGAUGAUAUUGAAAAUGAAGAAACAGAUGAAUUGAAAACAGUCAUUCAAUCAGAAACACUGCCAGUUGAUCUUCAACAAAAUGAAGAUCCAGUAGAAAGUGAAAAUGAUUAUCAACAAAAUGAAGAUGUUCAAGACAAUGAUGAUGAUGAUGACGAUGUGCUACAACGGAAACUGGAUGAAGAAGAAAUGAGGAGGCAAGUCGAGGAAUUCAAAAGGCAAGCCGAGGAGGAAAAAAGGAGACAAGCCGAAGAGGCCAGGUUGGCUGAGGAAAGGUGGAAGGCUGAAAUUGAGGAACGCAAACGUCUCGAGGAGGAAGCACGUCAAGCCCGUUUUCGUGAAAUUGAGGAACAAGAAAGACUUGAAGCUGAAAGACAAAAAGAAGAAGCAAGACUUGAAGCUGAACGUUUGAGAGAUCAACAAAUUGCCGAAGAACAAAGACGAGCAGCUGAAUUUGAAGCAGCAGUUGCUCUUGAAGAAGAAGAACGUUAUAUUAUUGAAAAAGCAACUGAAAAAGCAAGGCUAUAUCAAGAAAUUGAAGAAAAACUUGCGUCAGAAGUUGCAAUGAGUUCAUUGGAAGAACCAGCUGCACCAGAUUCAACAUCUGAUGAGUGUCAUUGUCAUGAUAAUGUUAAAUCACAAGAUCGUGAAGAAAGACCUGAUAGUCCAGAUGCUGAUGAUGAUACACAGAUUGAAGAAGAAGCUGCUUGUGUUUGGACAGAUCAUGAAGACGUUAGUGAACACAAUGUUUAUGAUGGUGAACACGAGGGUUUCAAUAGUUGUCAAGAAUUAGAUAAACCAAUUGAAAAUACAUUGGAAAUCGUUGAGACUAGCUCCGAUGAUGAUGAUGAUUAGAUAUAUAAUUAAUUAAUUAUAGGGGAAAGCGGGGCAAAAUGGGACGGCGGGGCAAAAUGGGACAGCCGAAAAAAUAUUUUGACUCAUAUUUUUUUUCAUUUUUUCGUCACCCUUCGAUUAAAAAAGCCGGAAGAAAAUAGAUGCAAUAAAAAAAAAAAUUUUUAGAAAAUUUUUUGAGCAUUUUUUUUAAGAUCAAAGAAAUUUAUUUUUUAUAUGUUUUUUUUUGUUCGUCGAGAAAAAUAGUGAUAAAUUAAUUUAAAAGCAAUUGUUCGUAAUUAUAAAUGGAGAGAAAUAAAAAAAAAUUAAUUUUUGUGAUUAAUAUCACAUUUUAUUAAACAACAAUAAAUAAAUUUAUAAUAAU